UCACAAUAUCACUAGUCCUCGAUCAAAACCAACACUAUUGCCCCCCUUUACCAAAAAAAUUAACCCUUCGGCGAUGGCGACAACAUUUGACAGCAAGAUAUCGGGUCAUCUCUUUUGCUCCUCUUCUACUUUCUCGCUGUCGAUCUUGGUAUAACUACAAGACAAAUAAGUUAUUGAGGAGUAAUGGCUCGGACAAAGAACGCAAGUGUAUCUUGUCCUCAUACAGAACCCGAGCAUAUUACUGGAGAAGAACUAGUUCUGCCUCCUCCGGUAGUGGUUUCUGAUGAGGAAACCGAAGCUCUACAACCUCCUAAGAUGUACUCCACUCCGAGUGAGUAUACAAAGCCAUUCAAGAUUACAGCAAAGUGCUAUAUACAUAAGGCAGUGGAAUUAUUACAGAGUCAUCUUAAAGAGUGGGAGUUGAAUUGGUUCACGGAUCACCCGCAGUUCAGUCACUUCUUCCACAUGCAUAGGGACCCAAAUCAUAAGCUGAUGGGUAUGUGGCUGUUAUUUCUUCGCACAACAUGUUUAGAGAAGAAGAGGGAAGUUUGGUUUAUCGUCAACGGCGUUCCGAUCCUGUAUUCUCUCAAAGAGUUUGCAAUCAUGUUAGGAUUACACUCCCAUCACUAUCCGAACUUCUAUGAAAACAGGGGCAGUAACGUAUUUGUCGGCAAGUAUUUCCCCCAGGAAGUAAGAUAAAAUAUCAAGAUGUGGAGGAAAAGUUGUUGUCAAUGAAGGAACCUUCUGAUGAUCAUCUGAGAAUGGUUGUGCUAUAUUUCUUAAGCAGUGUCAUCGUCGGAAAGGAAAAUACAGGAGAGGACGCACCCUGUGUGGAGACGUUUUUCCUUAGGGCCGUAGGGGAUCUAGAGGUUUGCAAAACAUUCCCAUGGGGGAGAUAUGCAUAUGAUGAAAAUUUGAUAAAAAUCUUCUAUUUGUUGGAAAAAUGUGGAGGAGUUGUUGGUCCACAAAAGGUCUUUCCUAGUUUUGUUACUCCCCUGAAGUUUCUAGCGUUUGACGCAAUCCCAGUUAUCAGGAACGCUUUCUGCGAGAAUGUUCAACCCACAGAUCCUCAGUGUCCUUGAAUGUGCAAGAUAAAGUUUAAACCUAGUACCAUGAAAGGUUAUCCUUUGUCGGAUGUGUAUGACAAACUCGAUACAACUAAGGAUAUUCAGAGUAUAUUAACUCCAACGGAUGAUAAGGAAAUAUUAUUGCAAAGAAUCAUGGAUGAUCAGUGUGGAUUGAAUGAUUUUGAUGAUGUAAUUGCUGAUGGUUGGAAGAAUCCUUUAGUUCAUGAGGGGAGGACUAUAUGUUUUGAAGAGCUUUAUAAUCAAGAUAUAGCCAGUCGAGCAAAUGAGGCUAAUAUGGUUACAGAAACUGUGAAUAUGGCUCCAAGAAAGGUUCGUCAAGGAAAAAAAGACAAGGGGAAGGGGAAAGUGGCUCCAAAGAAUGUAAGUAUUGAUGGAUUGGCUGAGCUUGUGUACGGGUUAAAGACAGUGGUGGAGAAUGGAUUUCAGAGUAUCAAAGAGAAGCAUGAAGAACAAGAUAAAAGACUCAAAAUUAUGGAAGCAUCAAUCCAAUCAUUCCGGCUAAGUGCUGAGGAGAAUGAGCUAAGAGGCAAAGAGGUGAAGACAAGUCAUGAUGGGAGUGGUACGGCUAGGAGUGAUGAGGAUGGUGGGGAUAAGGAGAACGAGAAUGAGAAGAUGGAAAAAGAUUGUGUUGUGUAUGGUGGUGAUAAGGAGAAUGAGGUUGGAGAAAAGGAGGAGAUGGAAAAAGAUAGUGUUGUGGAUGGUGGUGAUAAGGAGAAUGAGGUUGGAGAAAAGGAGGAGAUGGAAAAAGAGGUGGCUGAAGAUGAGGAGAUUCAGGGUGGAGAAAAGGUGAUGGAGAUUGAGAAAGAGGUGACUCAAGAUGAUGAGAUGGAGAUGGAGAUUGGAAAAGAUGAUAAGAUGGAGAUGGAGAUUGGAAAAGAUGAUGAGAUGGAGACGGAGAUUGUAGAAGAUGAUGAGGCAAGUAACAAAGAGAUGCUUAAGAUGAAAAGUGGAAAAGAAGAGGAAAAACCAAGUAAAGGAGGCGGUAAAAAGACAAAGAAGAAUGCAAAGAAGGUUGUGUAUCAAAGUCCUAUUGGGACGAGGGGGAAGGAGAAGGAGAAUGAGGAGAUGGAAAAAGAUAGUGUUGUGGAUGGUGGUGAUAAAGAGAAUGAUGAGGCAAGUAACAAAGAGAUGCUUAAGAGGAAAAGUGGAAAAGAAGAGGAAUAACCAAGUAAAGGGGCGGUAAAAUGACAAAGAAGAACGCGAAGAAGGUUGUGUAUCGAAGUCCUAUUGGGACGAGGGGGAAGGAGAAGGAGAAUGAGGAGAUGGAAAAAGAUAGUGUUAUGGAUGGUGGUGAUAAAGAGAAUGAUGAGGCAAAUAACAAAUAGAUGCUUAAGAGGAAAAGUGGAAAAAGAAGAGGAAGAACCAAGUAAAGGGGGCGGUAAAAAGACAAAGAAGAAUGCGAAUAAGGUUGUGUAUCGAAGUCCUAUUCGGAUGAGGGGGAAUAGGAAUGUUACCAAACUUGUGUAUGCUGCUGGUUCUAUGUGAUUGUUUCAAGUGAGUUAUUGUAGUGGCUAUUGCAUGUACACAAGGAUACUUAUCGAAAUCAAAACGGCGGCAAGAGCAA